CCUCUUGCCUGAACUUCUGAACUUUCAAUUCGACCAUAACGAAUACGGACAUUUCCACUAUGUCGAUGUCUGCAACUUGUCCCCAUGUUCACGAAAUAUCUCGUUUGAGAGAGCCAAAACUAAGCCAGUCAGUUCAUAGGGAAGAAUGCACGCAAUGUUUUGAUAAUCAGGAUGGCCCUAAGGGCAUCGAUGUUUGCUUGGUGUGCUUCAAUGGAUCAUGUCUUGACUCAGAUCGCCACCAUACGCGUAACCAUGCCCUCCGAUCAGGACACUCGUUCACUCUGAAUGUCAAGCGCAUCCCAAAGAAGAAGGUUUCGAAUCGCGCUGAUGGAGAGGAGCCACCGGCUAAAAUGAAGAAGCUUGCCAUUAAUGAGGAACGCGAAGAAGACAAAUACGAGCAUACGACUGUAUUCAAGUGUUGGAAGUGUGAUCUGCAAGACGGAAAAGAAGUAGCGAUUGAUGUUGCAAACACAAAGCGUCUAACUGAUGGUAUCAUGCUAUCGCUUUCUUCGGCUCGUCAAUCGGAAGUCAAAGCUUGGGAAGAGGAGAUUACGGCUUGCGAACACACACUUUGCUUGGAGCAGCUCCAGAGUGGAACGAUACCCCAAGAAGGUCUAGCGCAUUGCGCCUCUUGCGAGCUUACUUCAAAUCUCUGGCUUUGCCUUACUUGUGGUGCUCUUGGAUGCGGUCGUGCUCAAUUUGGUGGCACUGGCGGUAACGGCCACGCGCUAGCACAUUUUAACACGACCCAGCAUCCUGUAUGCGUCAAACUUGGAACUAUUACACCUGAGGGCGGUGCUGAUGUAUAUUGCUACGCAUGUAAUGACGCCCGUGUUGACCCAGAGCUUGUAAACCACCUCAGUACCUUUGGUAUUAAUGUCGCGGCACAGAAGAAGACCGAGAAGAGCAUGACUGAGCUUCAAAUCGAGCAAAACCUCCUGUUUGACUUUUCCCUCACGGCCGAGGACGGUUCGGCACUUCAACCGAUCUUUGGUGCUGGUGCUACAGGUCUUAGCAACCUCGGAAAUAGUUGCUAUAUGGCCUCCGUUAUUCAGACACUGUUCUCACUCCCUCUUUUCCAAAUCCGUUAUUAUGGUAAAGGACCUUCGGGCACAGAGUCCCCCUAUGUCUCUCCGACAGCAGCUGCUCACUGGGAGAAUUGCACUCAAGCCCUCCCUGCAGAUUGCCUGGAAUGUCAGAUGUACAAGCUCGCUGAUGGAUUACUCAGCGGACGAUACUCUAAGCCUCACUCAGAUCAUGAACAAGCUCCGACUGACGCUCUCGCACACCCAACACCUGAACAUACUCCUUGGCAGGCGGGCCUGAAGCCAGCAGGAUUCAAGGCUCUCGUUGGUAAAGGCCACGCUGAGUUCUCCACCAUGCGCCAGCAGGAUGCGGAAGAAUUCUUUAGUCACUUGUUGACGGUACUUAGGCGAUUCAAUCAUUCAAAUACUCGUGGCGUAUCAGGUCAAUCUGAACCGACCGAAUCGUUUGCCUUUGGCCUCGAGCAACGUCUCCAGUGCCAGUCCUGUCACAGGGUCAGGUAUCGCGUGGACACGAUGGAUGUCCUUAGUCUUGGUGUACCCGCUCACGAACUCGCUGAUGGCGAAGCGGAUACGGGAGCGGGAGAACAAGAAGCGGGAACUAUCGGUGUACCAGACGAGAGUGGUCCUGGAAAGAAGCGGUACCGCUCUGUUUCUUUGGAACAGUGCUUGAACCUAUUGCUCGGACAGAGUGGACAAGAGGCUCUGGAGUACCAAUGUGAAGGAGGCUGCGGAAAAGUGAAUGCCGUCAGGCAGAUGCAGUUUGCUACUUUCCCUGACAUUUUGGUGCUGCAUGCAAAGAAGUUCCAGCUUGUGAACUGGGUCCCGACGAAGCUAGAUAUACCUGUGAUCCUUCCAGAGAACGAUGAACUUAAUCUUGAUAACUACCUCGGGCACGGACUUCAGUCUGGUGAAGUGGAGUUACCAGAUAGUUCUAACACUUCAGCUCCUUCGCAGCCCGAAGUUGACGUCGAAGCCCUGUCUCAGCUUGAGGCUAUGGGCUUCCCGACCGUCAGUUGUCAGAACGCCCUGAAUGCAACUGGCAAUGCUGGGGCUGAAGUUGCAAUGGAAUGGUUAAUCAUGCACAUGGAGGACCCAGACAUCAACGUACCCAUCCAGACAGCAGGAUCAGGAACUGGUAAUGCACCAGAACCACCCGCAGAGCAGGUAGCGAUGCUUGCUGACAUGGGCUUCACAAACGCGCAAGCAAAGAAAGCGUUGAGGGAGACCGAUGGAAAUGUAGAACGUGCCGUCGAAUGGCUAUUUAACCAUCCCGAUGACAGUGGCAAAGACAACCCACCCGCUACCUCGUCAUCAGAAACCAAAAAAGCACCACCUGGUUCAUCGCGCUUGCCUGCUCGAUACAGGCUGAAAGCCUUCAUAUCACACAAAGGUCCUAGCGUUCAUUCUGGCCAUUAUGUCGCACACAUCCGUAUGCCGAGAGGCGAUGCGAUGGAUGUAGAUGGUGCUGUCAGCGAUUGGGUGCUUUUCAACGACGAGAAGGUUGUGCGAGCGGAUGAAACGAGCGUUAGGGAUCUGAAGAAAUUGGCGUACAUGUAUAUUUUUGAGAGGGAGUGAAAGAAGAAACCGGGGAAGAAUGUUAAGUUGUCCAAGAGACCAAGGACUCAGAUGUAUUUCUAGUUUACACGCCCUGCAUUGGAAUGUAGAGUCAUGAUCAACCAAUUUCUUCAUCUCGCC